AUGCAAAACCACAACCUUCCAAGCAGAAACAACGCCAACCUUGCGCUGCCUCUGCGGCCAAAUGUCAGCCAACGCAACCAGGACAGCCGCAACUUUUUCACUAGCCACACAACUGCCAGCUCGACCGAGGCCAUCAAUGGCCCUGUUCGCGAGCCCACGCGAGAGCAGCCGCCGAUCAGCGACCGACUGAUUGUUGGUGUCGACUUUGGCACGACGUUUUCUGGUGUGGCAGCCGUGUAUACAUCAAAUCCUGACGACAUUGACAUUAUCAAAACAUGGCCGGGGAGUAACGGCAUCACGUCGGACAAGGUGCCAACUGAGAUCUCCUUUGAUAUCCCGGCCAAUGCAACGGCAGGCACCGACCCCAAUGUGAAAUGGGGCUUUCAGUUCAAACCAGAGGAGUCUCGGUUGCGCUGCAUCAAGCUGUUUCUCGACCGCUCGCAGAAGCUGCCUUUCUACGUCAGCCCCUUGGACACGGCCGCUCAGCUCAAGCGGUUCAACAAGAAUGUCGUCGAUGCGGUCAGCGACUACCUCACACAAAUUUACAAGCACACCAUGGAUACGCUGACGCGGCGCUACGGAGAGUCGUUCAUGGCGUCGACAAAGGUCGAGUUUGUGCUGACCUGUCCGGCCGUGUGGAGCGAUGCCGCCAAGAACACGACGCUGCAGGCAGCGGAGCGCGCAGGCAUGGGCAGCCGGUCCGAGAUUCAGAUGAUAAGCGAGCCUGAAGCCGCGGCUGUAUACACUCUCAAGGCCAUUCAACCAAACCAUCUAAAUGUCGGCGAUAACUUUAUUGUUUGUGAUGCUGGCGGUGGUACAGUCGAUCUUAUUGCAUACGAAAUCAAAUCAUUGAAGCCUUUGCGGGUGGAAGAAUCAGCCGUGGGCACCGGCGGCUUGUGCGGUAGCGCCUUUCUCAACUACAGAUUCGAGGAGCAUGUACGCGGCAGACUGGGCCAGGUGCGGUUCGACGAGAUGAAAGCGAAAAAGGGAAAGACGUGGCAGAUGGGCCUCAAGUAUUUCGAAGAGUUUGUGAAGCGCAACUUCAACGAGGAAGAGCAUCAGGAGUUUAAUGUCCCCUUUCCUGGUCUGGCCGACGACGAAGAGGCUGGUCUCGACUGUGGAUUCCUGCUGAUGACGGCAGAGCAAGUCAAAGACAUCUUUGAGCCCGUCGUCAAGGAGGUGUGCGCUCUUGUGCAGAGCCAGGUCGACACGCUGCGCGCCAAGGGUGAUAUCGUGUCAGGCGUCAUCCUCGUUGGCGGAUUUGGGCAGAGCGAGUUCUUGUUCCGGCGGCUCAAGAGCCACUUCUCGAGCGCGGCACCACCGCCGUAUAGCGAGCGUCCGACGCACGCCGUAGCCAGCGCCAACGAGGCGGGCAGCUCGAUCGAAGUCAUGCAGCCCGUGUACGCGUGGACGGCGGUGGUACGCGGCGCCGUGCUACGUGGCCUCGAGGGCAACAUGGUCAUCUCGCGCAAGUCGCGCAUGCACUACGGCACGUCGUAUGCCACCGUGUACGACGAGAAAGAGCACGCUGUCAGCGAGCGUUAUUGGUCACCCCUCUGGGAGCGGUGGAUGAUUUCAGACCGCCUAUCGUUCUUUGUCUCUAAGGGAGAGUCGCUCUCCCCGCUCUCUCCUAUCGGCUUCCACUACACGCGCAACUUCCGCCCAGGCCAGUCGCUCAUCGUCACGGACGACCUCUAUGCGUGCGACGCCGAUGAGCCGCCAACCGCCCUCACGCGCGAUCUCAUUAGGGUCUGUACUCUAACGACCGACCUUAACGCCGUACCGCGCAGCCUGUUUACGCGGCUGACGACGACGCGUGGCGUCGAGUUUGAUAACUUGGAUUUCACGCUCGAGAUGAUUGUGGAUAGCGCCGGUCUGAGCUUUGAGCUCAAGGUGGACGGCGUGCGGUACGGGCGUGUGGAAGCCGAGUUUCAUUAA